AUGCAACCAGAACAAAAAGAUGAAACAGAUAGAUUACCACCUAGCGAUAGAGUUACUCAUUUGGAUGUAGCAGGAUUUGUCAUUUCAAUAAUAAGUCAUAUAGUGGAUGUAGGUUUGGAUUGUAACUUGGCUGUGAGAUAUUAUCUUAGUGGACAAAAGGCAUAUUUUUUUGCCACUAUAGCUUUCAUUUUGAUACCAGCAUUAAUAAAUACAGCAUUUAGUGUACGAAUGUAUAUGCUAGAUGAAUCAGAAGAAUUAAAUAAAAAUAGAACAUUGACAAAGCGUUGUACUGAUAGAGGUGUGCUGUUUUUGAUUGUUCUUAUAUUUCAAUUAGCCCCAGUAUUGAGAUAUUUCGAUGCCCUUGGUUAUGCACUGAAAUCUAAAAAGGCUGAAAAACUAAAGGAUUAUGUUAACCAAAGGAAAUAUUAUGAACUCAUGAUUAAGGAGGAUUCAGAUGUAGCUUUAUUGAGAGUAUUGGAAUGUUUUUUAGAAGCUGCUCCUCAACAAAUUUUACAAAUCACCAUAAUAUUCUUCAAUAAAGGACAAGGUUUUGGUAAAGAUACAUUCACAUUUUUCCAUCAGUUACUAUCCAUUGGAAGUUCUUUUGUUAGUAUGGCAUGGUCAAUGGCCUCUUAUCAUAGAUUGUUGAGAGUAUCACAAAAGACUAAAAACAACAUAUCUUUGAUAGGAACUUUCGUUCAAUUCAUGUGGCAUUUCAUGGUAACAGGUAAAUUAUAA